GGAAUGAGAGAGAAAGUUUACAUGGGAAAUCAUUUCAUUUUCUAUUCCAUCAAUCUCAGCUCAAAUAGUUUUCAAGCAAAAAAUAAAUGUAGUUAAAAAGAAGAGAUGUUACAUCAAAUCGAUUUGUUAAUUUACAUAAAUUAAUUCGCCUCGGGAAUUGAUGCCUCUUUGGAAACUGUAUGUAUAUUUAGAAAUUUUUUCCAUUAAAAAUCCUAUUUAAUAUUACAUGUCUUAUUAUAUAAUUUCAUACUAAAAACACAUAAUAAACGCUCAUUCUUCUAUUCACGUUCGCUCGCAUGCAUAAAACAGUGCAGAAAAUCGACAGAUUUGCAAGGGAAAUUAGAUAUAACAUUAUUCUUAACAGUUGAAGUUCAUAUAAAUAUUAAUCUUUCUUACAAAAAGUGAUUGUUUUGCGCAUCCAAUUGUUAAACAUUUAUAACAAAUUUACGUGGCGUAUAUAUUAGUAAUCGUUACAUUAAGAAUUCAUAUACGUGGAAAAAAUUGACUAGAAACUGAUAGAAACAUUUUCCGCGGUCGGGAUCGGCUCGAUUACAUGUCAGCUGUAAUUAACUCCUCGCGCGAAGCGUAUUAUUUUCACCGGAGGCGUCGAUCUAGGUCGUCGUACGCGCCGUGGUGAGAUGUGAGACGUGAUCGACAGCGAUCGUCGCUCGUCACUCGUUAAUCGUUAUCGCGACUUGGGAACUGCCGGGGACCUCCUGGAAAUCGCCUUGUCAUUGCUGUUUCUCAAUUCUUCGCCGAGAUAUAUGGAGGAUUAAAGUCCAACGGACGGAGUACACUUCGAUCGACUAUAAAUCUCGGCGCAGUCCCGCAGCAGCAUCGUUACGUGCGUCGUCACUUUUUUUUCCCUCUUUCUCCGUUUCUCCCGCUUUCGCAGCCUCCACGUCCGACACGCUGCAACACGCGAGGAAGUCUCUGAGGUCUCUCGCGACGAAAAUUUCCCAGUGUUUUCCACGCUCGGAAGAGACACGUACCGCCAAGAUGGUUUACAAGCCGAGGGUCUACGUGAUCGGCGUUGGGAUGACGAAGUUCGAGAAACCCGGCCGCCGGGAGGACUUUGACUAUCCGCAAAUGGCGAAGGAGGCGGUGACCAAGGCCCUACAGGAUGCGCGCGUACCCUACAAGAGCGUGCAGGCCGUCUGCGUCGGGUACGUGUACGGUGACUCGACCUGCGGCCAAAGGGCCGUCUACGAGGUCGGGCUCACCGGAUGUCCCAUUUACAACGUCAACAACAACUGCUCCACCGGCUCCACCGCCCUCUUCCUCGGCAAGCAGAUCGUCGAGAGCGGCAACGCGGAAUGCGUUCUAGCGCUCGGCUUCGAGAAGAUGGAGCGCGGCUCUCUGGCGCCCAAGUUUACAGACCGCACGAAUCCCAUGGACAAGCACGUCGAGCUCAUGAUCGACAUCGCAGGCUUCAGCGAGAGUCCCGUCACCGCUCAGAUGUUCGGCAAUGCCGGGAUCGAGCAUAUGAAGAAAUACGGUACCAAGCCCGAGCAUUUCGCGAAAAUCGCGUAUAAGAACCAUCUGCAUUCCACGAACAACCCGUACUCUCAGUUCCAAGAGAAAUACACCUUCCAGCAAAUAAUGAGCUCUCCCAAGGUAUUUGGACCGUUGACAAAGCUCCAGUGUUGUCCCACCUCCGACGGCGGGGCAGCUGUCGUUCUGGCUAACGAGGACUUCGUUCGUAAGCAUCACCUGGAAUCGCAGGCCGUCGAAAUCCUGGCUAUGGAAAUGUCCACCGACCUGUCCUCGACGUUUAACACUCAAUCGUGCAUGAAUAUCGUCGGGUAUGACAUGACGAGAAACGCGGCCGAGAAAGUUUUCGCGUCGAGCAACUAUAGGCCGAUCGACGUGGAUGUGGUGGAGCUGCAUGACUGCUUCUCCGUAAACGAAUUGCUCACUUACGAAGCCCUGGGACUGUGUGCUCCAGGUCAGGGUGGCAGGAUGGUCGACGCCGGGGAUAACACAUAUGGCGGCAAGUAUGUUGUGAAUCCGAGCGGCGGUCUGAUCUCGAAGGGGCACCCUCUGGGUGCCACGGGAUUGGCGCAGUGCGCCGAACUUACCUGGCAACUUCGCGGCGAGGCCGGCAAGAGACAGGUGCCGGGCGCGAAAUUGGCGCUUCAGCACAACAUAGGUCUGGGCGGCGCGGUUGUCAUAGGUCUCUAUCGCUUGGGUUUCCCGAGGCAGGAGGUAGUCAGGAAACACGUGAGCGUUGCCGCCGAUUCAAGUAUUUUCCAAGCGGACAUGCUGUUCAAGACGCUGGCAAUCGCGAUGGAGGAAGACGAGGAUAAUCUAAUUGACAGAAUGCGCGGGGUUUACGGAUUUAAAGUCACAAAUGGCCCCGGCGGUGCCGAGGGAUACUGGAUUGUGGACGCAAAAACGGGCAAGGGCAAAGUCGAGUACAACGGCAAAACCAAGCCUGACGUAACGUUCACGAUCAGCGACACCGAUAUUGUCGAUUUCAUUUCUGGAAAAUUAAAUCCGCAGAAGGCUUUCUUCCAAGGGAAGGUUAAGAUUCAGGGGAACAUGGGGCUUGCCAUGAAAUUGCCAGAUUUGCAGAAACGCGCCGCCAAAAAGAUCGAGCUGCUUCGCGCAAGAUUGUAAGAUGUUCAAAGUGCGAAAUUUACACACAAAACAAAAACGCGGUUUUGUCUCUUUUUCGCACGCUUUAUCUUCUCUUUGUCUAUCUGGCUAUCAAAAAUUGCGUUAUCGACAGUUUCAUAAUUAUGAUACGUAAUCUAAUGUGUUAUGAGAUUCGAAUUCCAGAUAAAGCUUUAGUCGGAGUAAACAGACGAUAAAAACAGCCUUGUAUAUAUUGAUAAUGCAAAAAGUUAUUCUUAUAUAAAAUUAAUUGAUAAUAAAAUUAUUUCAUGUUAUAUUCUCGCGGAUGAUGUCGUAUGCGGUAGUCUUGAUUCUUUAUGCGUACAAAUAUAAUCUCGGAAAUGAUAUACAGAACAAAAUAAAAAAGUUUCGCAAUGUCAUGAUACAUGUAAAAAAUCAAGAUAAUAGUAAAGUACUGUGCAAAUUUAUACAUAUUUAUAAUUAUACUUUUGAAAAACUUAACCGAUGUUUAUCUUCAUUUAAACAUUAAUCUCUGUAGAAAACGAAAACAGUUGUACGCAAGUGAAAAAAAGUACUCAACAAUGUAUAAGUCUUCUAUUAAUACAAAUGAUAUUUUUUCGCGGGACAUGUGAUAUAAACAUUGUUUUUUGAAUGGUCUGUAUAAUAUGCAUCUAUACUUAAAAAUGCAAAAUAUAACAAUUUAUAUAUAUACAUAAAUAUAUAUAAUAAAUAAUCUCAACAGCUCAUCAUUUAGCUGUGGUAAAUAGUAGUAAAAUGUUCUCAAUUGAAUCCAGAGCAAUUACAUGCGUAUAUCUAGACGCGAAGAUAACGCGUUUUUACAUUCCAAUUAAGCAAUAAGAGCAAUAGUACAUUCGUACUGUAUUCGCAAAAAUCGCGUACUAUGAACUAUAUUUUACAACUUUCGAACUACUCUUGAAUCAGUCGUAUAUUGUUGCAAGGAGUACAAUAUAAUUGCAUUGUCACUCCUUAAGAUGCAAUUAUACGCUGUUACACGAACGCAGUUAUAUAAAUGCAUCAUAAGCAGUAUAAAUGAAUUAUAUUUAUACUUAUAUUAUUUUUUUAUUUUAGAGUUUAUUCUAAACUUUUCAAGGUGUGUUGUGUGAAAUAUGGACAUAACAAAAACAAAAUAUUUGAUUUAUACUCGUAUGCAUAUAUUGAAAACUUAUAAAGAUAUUCACUAUAAUUUUACACAAA